GUACCGUAAAGCGGCGCUGGCAGUUUGUUGAUGUAAUGACUAGCUGUUAUGGUGUUGUUCGAGUAGAAAGUAUUAAAUAUACAUCGUUUUAUUAUAGCUAUCGAAUAUUAAAGUAUCUUCUUCGCUCAGUUUGAGUCGCUGGCUCUGAAUGAUCAAAGCAGUUUUUCACCAUUAGCUAAGAAACUUUGUUUAGUCAGGUUAGCUUGAGCACAGGGGGUAAAGUAAGCCACCUGCAUUUGCUUUCACUUUCCAGGAAGUCUUUCUGGAUAUUCUGUCAGAUAUAUAGUUAGCAGAUACCCCCCGUAGUGCCGGGAUGUUCCUCGUGGUCCUGGUUGUCAGCCUGUUUCUGUCUGGCUCGGCACAGGAGGCGGACAACGACUGGAUAGACCCGUUUGAUAUGCUCAACUACGAUUCAAGCACAAAAACGAUGAGGCAGCCUGCAGAGCCUGUAAAUUAUGAAAAUGUGCCGACCAAGAGGAGAGAGUUUACUCGGGACUCCAACCAGGAGGAGCUGACGUCGUGCAACACAGAAGUGGUGGAUCUGAAGAGAGAGGUUGGUGGUCAGAGAGAGUUAGCAUGUGUUAAAAGUUCUGUUAAGUAUCUACAGCUACACCAGGGCAACCAGUGUUUCUGCAGAUAAGGUCUGAAUAAAAAUAAGUACUUAUAAAUCAAUCAUUGUGUUAAUGCAACUGAAAAACAAAGAAAACAAGUUUUAAAAGGAAAUAAUGUUGGAUUAAGAUUUGGUGUGUAUUCAUGAGUUAAUUAAUGUACGUUUUCUCACAUAAUUUUUAGAGAUAGCAUAGAAUAGUUAUACACUAUUUUGUUUUACCUAUAGUAAUUCACUGAUUUAACUCUGCUUUAGUUAAAGUAUUUCCCUGGUAGAAUGGUCUCUUUUACUCCCUUUAUUGUAUGUGAGGGUCUAUGUAUAUAUGU